AUGCGCGCCAACGACACCACCACCAAGAUCUUCUACAAGGGUUCCUCCGAGGACUUCAUCGUCUUCGUCGAUGACGUGAAGAUUCUCGAACAAUGGCGCCAGGACCGCUCCAUCUCCCUGGCUAACGUGCUGAACGGCUGGAAGAUCUUCGUUACUCACAAGCACGGCGCCCAAGGUGUCCUCGACGGAGCUAGCAAGUCUACUCUGCAGAACGAGUUCGGAACCGACGACGAGGACACUUGCAUGACGAAGAUCCUUGAGAAGGGUGAAUACCAGGUGACUGCUGGCAAGGAACACCAGGGUGAUACCAACCUUCGCAACGGUCCCGCUAUGAUCUCGCGGUAA